UUCGCAAGUCAACCUCUCUCUCUCUCUCUCUCCAUCGUCAUCAUCACAUCCACUCAACUCGCCGCCCACCCUUUUGGGAUUCCUUCACGUCGCCGUCGUCGAUGGGUACCGAGAUAUCGGAGCCGUUGCUUCUCGAUUCGGGCAAGGGCGCGGAUGGCGGCGGCGGCGGCGGCGACGGGGAGGAGAGGAUCCCGGAUUGGAAGGACCAGAUCACGGUCCGAGGGCUCGUGGUGAGCGCCGUGCUGGGGACCUUGUUCUGCAUCAUCACCCACAAGCUCAACCUGACCGUCGGCAUCAUACCGUCCCUGAACGUCGCCGCCGGGCUGCUCGGGUUCUUCUUCGUCAAGUCAUGGACGGGGUUCCUGUCGCGGCUGGGCUUCUCGGUCACGCCCUUCACUCGGCAGGAGAAUACGGUGAUCCAGACCUGCGUGGUCGCGUGCUACGGGCUGGCUUUCAGCGGUGGAUUUGGUUCAUAUUUGAUUGCAUUGGAUGAAAAGACAUAUCAGCUCAUUGGUGCUGAUUAUCCCGGUAAUCGGGCAGAAGAUGUUAAGAGCCCGGGCUUGGGAUGGAUGAUCGGAUUCUUGUUUGUUGUCAGCUUUUUGGGACUCUUUAGCCUUGUUCCUCUUCGAAAGGUUAUGGUUAUGGAUUGUAAACUUACUUAUCCAAGUGGUACUGCAACAGCUAUGCUAAUAAACAGCUUUCACACAAACAGCGGUGCUGAACUUGCUGGCAAGCAAGUUAGUUGCCUCGGAAAAUACUUGAGCAUAAGCCUAUCGUGGAGCUGCUUCAAGUGGUUCUUCAGUGGUAUUGGCGAUUCAUGUGGAUUUGAUAAUUUCCCCAGCCUUGGCUUGACUCUGUUUAAGAACACGUUCUAUUUUGACUUUAGCCCAACUUAUGUUGGAUGUGGUUUAAUCUGUCCCCACAUAGUUAACUGCUCUGUUCUACUUGGGGCAAUUAUAUCGUGGGGUUUCCUCUGGCCUUUCAUUUCAGAACACGCUGGGGAUUGGUAUCCGGCUGAUCUCGGCAGCAAUGACUUCAAAGGUCUCUAUGGAUAUAAGGUUUUCAUAGCUAUUUCGCUUAUUCUCGGGGACGGUCUCUACAAUUUGAUCAAGAUAAUAGGGAUAACUGUUAGAGAGGUGUUCAACCAAGGCAGCAAGAUUAGCAACCUGCCGAUCAUCAUGGAGUCUCUUGAUGGUGAGAGUUCCAAGAUAGGGAUGGAGCAAAGGAAAAGAGAUCAGAUAUUUUUGAAAGACCGAAUACCCUCCUGGUUUGCAGCAUCUGGUUAUUUGGGCCUUGCCGCAAUAUCCACCGCGACAAUUCCAAUGAUUUUUCCACCUCUCCGAUGGUAUUUGGUUCUAAGUUCAUACAUUAUUGCUCCUGCACUUGCCUUUUGCAAUUCUUAUGGUACUGGCCUGACGGACUGGAACUUGACCUCAACUUAUGGGAAGAUUGGACUCUUCAUGAUUGCGUCUUUGGUUGGGUCUAAUGGGGGUGUGGUAGCUGGUUUAGCAGCAUGUGGGGUUAUGAUGUCCAUUGUCUCAACAGCCGCUGAUCUUAUGCAAGAUUUUAAGACAGGUUACCUAACUUUAUCAUCUGCAAAAUCCAUGUUUGUGAGUCAGCUGGUAGGAACAGUCAUGGGUUGUAUCAUCGCCCCGCUCACAUUUUGGUUGUUUUGGACCGCUUUUGAUAUUGGGGGAACUGAUGGACCAUACAAAGCACCAUAUGCCGUAAUAUUCAGGGAAAUGGCAAUCUUGGGCAUCGAGGGCUUCUCCGAGCUUCCCAAGAACUGUUCCGCCAUGUGUUUAGGGUUUUUCGUGGCAGCUCUGGUUAUAAACCUCCUGAGGGACAUGACUCCAAAGAAGGUCUCGCAGUUCAUCCCCAUUCCAAUGGCCAUGGCUGUCCCAUUCUACAUUGGAGCCUACUUUGCAAUCGACAUGUUUGUUGGCACCGUAAUAUUGUUCAUCUGGGAGAGAAUUAAUAGGAAGGAUGCAGAGGAUUAUGCGGGUGCUGUCGCUUCAGGUCUAAUAUGCGGUGACGGUAUAUGGACUAUUCCCUCGGCAAUACUUUCUAUCUUUAGGAUCAACCCACCUAUCUGCAUGUACUUCGGGCCUUCCGCGAGUGGCUGAAUGCUAAAUCCCACUCACCUUGAUUGUAAUUAUGCUCUCUGUGGACUUGCAAGUCCGUUGGAAUUUGUACAUAGGAUGUCCUUCACAUGAUUGGAUUGUUCUAUUCCUUUAUCUCGAAAGCGUCAAAAGAAAAAUCUGAAGUUUGUUUCUCCAA